AUGUCGUCUUCUGAUGAGGACGCCUUCCCCGUCGAGCGAGAGGCUGCCAUGGAAGCCAUCGGAAAAAUGAUCGAUGCCGAAGGCCUCGAAAAGUUAACCAGUUCAAAGAUUCGCGCGCAUCUCGCUUCGACGUUCAACAAGGAUUUUGACGAUUUCCGCAAAGAAGUGGACGAAUUGACAAGGGAGACGAUUGAAAGGAGGGAGAAAAGCAAGGAAGCGCCGCCGGUAAACAAUGGAAAUGGUAAAGAAGACGAGAGAACCAAGGAACCAAGCAAACCGGCGCCGUCUGACUCUGAUAGCGACACUUCAGAUGAUGUGGUAGAUGACAGAAGAGCAUCGACGAAGAAGAAGAGGUCGCGGAAAAGAAAGCCAAAGAAGAAAGACAAAAACGCUCCGAAAGUGGAUAAUUCCGGUAAAUUUGGCCGUAUGACUAAACUGUGCUUGCUCAGUGAGGAAUUGCAGAGCAUUGUAGGAGCACGCUUCAUGAAGAGAUGUGAUGUUAUCGCAAAAAUGUGGGAAUAUAUCAAAACAAACAAUCUUCUUGAUCCUAAAGACAAGCGAUUCUUCUUUGUAGACGACAAAUUACGAAGUGUCUUCCAGUGCAAACGCUUUAGAGCUUUUUGGUGAGU